UGCAAGGAAAGCUAGAAUUGGCUGUCAUGGCCCAUGUAUUUCUUUCUCUGUGCAGUGCAUUAAAAGUGAAACUGAAAUUUAAGUUUAGUGCUUUAGUGUGAAGACUGUUGAAAAAUAGGGAUUGUGAAAAAUAUAUUCGUGAAACGGCUUUAUUCAUUAUUCGUGUGAAUUUUAAUGAUAACAUUUAUGUGAUCUCUGAUGGUGUUUGCAAAUACUUUUGACAUUUUCUUUCGCCUUUGCCAAAUAUGGUGAUGCGUGUAGUUAAUCUGGAUUCAUAGUUGUGCAAUGAGAUUCUAAAUAUAUCGGCGCCGCGGAAGAACGGGAGGGAACCGACAAACGAGAUUUCCGAAAUGGUCUUGGGACGAGUCCACGCAAAACACACGUCAGGAAGCAACCAUUUCUCUUGCAUUUGCUGAAGUUUGAAGAUCAUUAGUGCAACGAGAAGAUCGGUGCAGGUUGCAUUUGAAUAGUAAAUGUUUUCCAUAUUGUAAAUAUGCUAGAAAUACUCUAUUUAACUUGUGAAUAUAUUCUUUGGUGUCGGUUAUGAUAGUUCAUUAUCAACCGAACAAAGAACCAAAAUGUGAACUAUAUCUAGUGUUUCUGUGUGAGUGAUUACUUUACUAAGACAUUGUUACAUUUAAAUGAUUAAAAGUUAGCACGAAAAAAUAUGUUUUGUUUGUUAUUCGGUUGUUAUAGAUUUACACUUACCAGUAUUUUCAUCCAUUUUUUUAAAUUUAGAUGUGCUCUGUGACAAAUUUUUUUGCUAUGCUAAGAAAUUCUGGUUCAAAAAUAUUAAGUUAGUGAAAACAAUGUCAGCUUUAAUAAUUUUUAGGAGCCCGCAUUUUAAAUAGAUAGUGUUAUUAGAAAUAAUGGCGACAACGGCUAAACCGGUCCGCGGAGGUAACUUUGCGGAUGCCGGUGAUGAAGAUAUAGCUGCAAUUGCAAAGCAAAUUUCUGACCAUGCUGAAGCUAUCUACCAAACAUGGAAGGCACGUGGAUUAGCUCCGUCUGAAAUUUUAAAUUGUCAUAGUAGCCCAGCAGAGCCUUUCGGAAAAGCUCUUGGAAAAUCACAAACUGUAACCUGCAGGUCUCCUCAGGUUAAUUUGUCUCCUCAGGUUACAGUGGAUUUAUUGGCUCAAGCUCCCGAAAUGUCUAACAACAAUUUAGAAAAACUUGUUAAUAAUUUUGUUGUAGAAGACAAAGCUAGAGUAGCAGCAGCUCGUGAACAAAAUUGCCAAAAAAAUGUUCCAUCUUCAAUUCAGUUCGCAUUGCGGAAAUUUGAAAAUGCACGCAAAAACGUGGUGGAUACUACCCCCAAGGAAAUUAGGGAACCUAUGAAGAAGCCAGCUAAACCUAUAAAACCCCCGGGACUAACGGUUACUGAAAGACCGGCAAUACUUCAAUCCUGGCCCCUGAAAAAUAAAUUGAGCGAACGGGCCAAUGUAGCGAACAAAGGAGCAGCACUUUUAAUGGAUGAAGUGAGUAGAGAAGAAGAAAGGUUAAUAAAUGCUUUAAAGAGUGGAACAAUUUUGAGUAAUUCAGGUAUUGAAGACAUACCACAAAAAUGUACCAGGAACGAUAAAUCAGGAAACGAUUUCAAUGGUUUGAGAUGUAAGAAGUCUCCUGCGUUCAAAGAGGCUAUCGGUUAUUUAGAAGACGAGUUUCUAAAAUCGAAAUCAGAAGAUGAAUCUAUAUUACAAAAGCCAAUAAGUGAUUUGGACGAGUUUCCUAAACGUUGUGCGAAACCUACAGCUUUCAAAGAAACAAUGAGCACUAUAACAAAUGUGGAAACAGCUAAACCUGCAGCAUUAAGUGAAAACAUUGUGUGGAAAAAUGGCCAGAGACCUGCUCAUCACGCGCUAAGAAACGGGUCACCAGUUAGACCCUUUUUGACUAGAGGGAGUGUUGCAGAACGAGUAUUAAUAUUUGAACGAUGUCCAAGUGAACUUAGAACACCCAGAUUGCUGCAGAAAGAGUCUGCUAAAGCACAGAUUAAAGUGCAACCGAAACCGCUAUUACCUCACACUACUCUCCAAAGGCAUAUUAAAGAAAAUAAAAAUGUUUUCAUACCCAAAUUUUUUUAUCCUCUCGGAAAACCUGUUUCCCAAACGAUGUUGGAUUCAACACUGCAUCGGAUACAAAGUGCUUUCAACACAUUUCCCAAUAGCCAAGUACCACGAGAUAGUUUCCAUCAUGUAGUAACUGCUUGUGGCUUGCCAAUGUACUGGAAAGCGCCUCUUUAUUCAACAACUCCUUCUAGUCCCAGUGGUCAUGUGGAUGGUCAUAAAUUUAUUGACUUCUGGAAAAAAAUGGUGGCAAAUUGCCAUGAUGCUGCUUCUCGCUUUAUCUUCAUAUGCACUAAAGGCGAUCCCUCUAGGCGCUAUUUGAGAGCUGACGAUCUAGUGCCAUUAGUACAGGACGUGGUUGAGAGACAUCCUGGUUUAGCUUUCUUAAGAUCAGCCAGAGAAUUCCAUUCAAGAUACGUUCAUACAGUUAUUGCCCGAGUAUUUUACACAGUCAACAGAUCUUGGUCUGGUAGAAUCAGUGUACCUGAGUUGAGAAGAUCUGAUUUUUUGCAGAUUGUUCAGUUGUUGGAAGAAGAGGAAGAUAUCAAUCAAAUAACUGCAUAUUUCAGUUAUGAACAUUUUUACGUUAUAUACUGCAAAUUUUGGGAACUUGAUCGAGAUCAUGAUCUUUAUAUUGAUAAACAAGAUCUUGCAAGACAUAAUGACCAUGCACUCUCAUCAAGGAUGAUAGAACGAAUAUUCAGCGGUUGCGUGACGCGUGGUUCUACUGGCCCUCAAGCACGAAUGAGUUACACAGAGUUUGUUUGGUUCCUUCUAGCAGAAGAAGACAAAACUCAUCCUACUGCUAUUGAAUAUUGGUUCCGUUGCAUGGAUUUAGAUGGAGAUGGUAUUUUGUCCAUGUACGAACUAGAAUACUUUUAUGAUGAACAGACACAUCGUAUGGAAUCAAUCGGUAUCGAAACGUUGCCGUUCGAAGACUGUUUGUGUCAGAUGCUGGAUAUGAUACGUCCGGCUAAGCCUGGCUGUAUAUCUUUGUCGGAUCUAAAAAAAUGUAAAAUGACACCAAUUUUCUUCGAUACAUUCUUUAAUCUCGAAAAAUAUUUAGAUCAUGAACAAAGAGAUCCUUUUGCGAACCAGAGAGAACAGGAUGGUGAUGAGCUAUCUGAUUGGGAUCGCUUUGCGGCUGAAGAAUAUGAACUUCUUGUUGCCGAGGAAGGUGCCGAUGCUCAAGAUCAAUGGGCGGAGAGUUCGGGGUUCGAUAGGGUAAGCUUCUGCAAUAGCAUGACAAAAUGUUGCUUUUUCUAUUUAACUUACUUGUCUUUUAAUGCUAUUCAAUAAUUUCGUUUAGAAUGUGAUAACAUUUCCGGG